GUAUAUAUAUUUGAAAUUUUAAAAUAAAAUUAUAUAAAAUCAUUAUAAAAUUUUUAAAACCUUUUUUCGUUGUUUUUGAGAAAACCAAAGAAAUAUAGUAAGAUAUUAUUAAAAAUGGCGCGAAUGAGAAAAAGUUCUGUCAAACUCCUGAUAGCUAUAGUAUUCUAUUUCUGUUUUCUUCUUCUGGGCGCUGCGAUAUUCCUGAGGAUCGAGAGGCCCAAGGAAGAAAGAGCUCAACAUGCUCUCAAAAUGACUUAUCAAGAAUUUCUGGCGGAGCAUAAACAGUGUGUUGCUGCAUACGAGUUAGAUGAUUUCAUAAAAACGAUUAGCGACGCUGGAGACCGGGGCAUAAAGGAAUCCUUAUACGACGAGGUCAAGUAUCUGCCAAGUUGGGACUUCGGUCAGGCCAUUUUCUUUGCCGCUACAACCCUGACCACCAUAGGUUAUGGGCACGUUUCAAAACUUUCUAAUUGGGGUAAAGUGUUUUGCAUCAUAUACGUACUGAUAGGUAUACCAUACACCCUGAUACUGUUGACAGCCAUACUAGAGAGACUAGGACACGUGUCAAAUAAGUUAUUAAAAUGGGUAAAUAACAGGUAUGGGAAUCGUUAUACCCCUUUCAAGAUUAGGUUGAUUCACUUGGGGUCGAUGGUAUUCUUGCUAGUAUUGUUUUUCUUCGUUAUUCCUUCCCUCGUCUUUGCUGCCAUUGAACCAUUCUGGAAUUUCUUGGAUUCCUUUUACUACUGUUUCAUAUCAUUCACUACGAUUGGUUAUGGAGAUUACGUUCCUGGGGAAGCUAGGGGACAAAAACUUAGAGCCAUAUAUAAAAUUGCAGUGACAAUCUUCUUAUUGGUGGGUUUGUUAUUUAUGGCAUUGCUCUUAACUAUUGCCUACGAGAUACCCCAGCUAAAUCUGAGUCACAUGUUGAUGGAGGGCUCGGAUGACGAUUCGAGUGAGAGAUCCACUUUAAAUCCAAAUUCCAUGAAUGAAACAGAGCCCAAAUAUGUAAGACACGUGGACGAAGUUGAAAGCCCAACCAAUCAAUCUCCUUUUAAGGACGAUAUAAGACAACUCCAUCCUUAGACUAUAAAAAACAAAAUAAUUAUUUCAUAUUUUCAUUGCCCCAAAUCCUAAUAUUUUUGUGGUUUUUUUUUAACUAACAUUACUUUGAAAUAUUUUAUUUAAAAUUAAUAAUUUUCAAAAAAAAAAAUUAAAAAAUUUUUUUUUAAGUGAGGUUAUAACUGUAAUCGCUUAAAAAAAAUUUCUAUACCUGUUUAUAUUUUUAAUUUGUAAUAUUUUUCAUUUCUUCUCUCAAGUGUAAUUACUUUUUUUGUAUGAAAAUUUUUUUAAAAUUAAUAUUAUUUUUUUGAAAAAAAAAGUUUUAAAAGUAGAACAA